AUGACACCUUCGGAAAUUGCAAACAACGCUCUCCAGGCUACACUCGAGACUGUACAGUCGCUGAUGAAGCGUUGUUUGAAAUUAAAGGAAAGUGAUCCAGGCACACUGACGUUAUCGGAUGAGAUCGCCAGAUGCCUGGCAAAAGAUUUAAAGCUUUAUGGGGGGAGCGCUACAUCGUUCUCCCCUAAGCUGCUAUCCUGUGCCGCCGUAGUACGGGAGCACUCCAAGGCCGGCAUCUUUGUGUUCCACAAGACUGUGGACUACCGCCCCUCCACCUUUGCUGAACCCCAACUGACCACUGGCGACGGCGGAGUCCACGGUAAAGACUCUUUCGGAAUCGAUCAGACCCCCUCGGCUCGGCUCAUGGAAGGCGACGCAACCAGCUCCAUCAGCUGGUUACAAACCCCGGGGGUUCCGGUUACAGAACUCAUGAGAUCAGACAUCCGAAGCAAUGCCAUCCCCCCAUUGGUAUUCCCGCCACCGACCUGCCUGCCACGUUCUAUCGCCCCUGCGAUGGUGAGACACGGUAUCCAUGCGGCUGGAAGCAUGAAGACAGAGACAACCGCACAGCCCAGGAAGAGGAAAAGGAAAGUGGAAGAGAGCGACAAUGACGGCAAAGAAGCGGAGGUAGUUCAUGGAUGCACACCAACUCCCAUUUCCCAGAAGCCGAUUCGCAAAUGGAAGAAGAAGUAUAUGUUGGAUGAAGGAGACACCGGGGACACUGGCACCACCCAUGUUAAGCACAAGACGGUGUCGGUAAAGACAUUCAAUGCUGGGGCUCCCGAUGCCAUAUCAGCCGACACGUCCGCAACAGAUUUGGUGAACGACAAAGGUUUUUGGGACAAAAAAACUAGGCCUGUCGGAUGGGGUUUGGAUUCCAACAUCGCCACAAUGAUGGAGGUAGGCAAGCAAGCAAAUAUUUCCGUGCGCUACCACCCACGGCAAUGUGACAAAUGUGUCAAGUUGAAGGUUCCUUGCAUAGUUCUCCCGGACAAGAAGCCUGGAUGCAUCAGACUAGUUUGUGCAAACUGCGAUGAGAUGAAGAUCGCCUGCACAAUUGACGGCGUUGGUGUCCGGAAGAGGUUGCAAGUAAAGGCGAAGGAAGCUGUUGAUGAACCGAAAAUCAAUCCUCUUUCCAAUCGCCCUAGGUCACGUGCAAAAAAGCCACGCCCUGCCGCAAACAAUCUGGCAAAAUCUACUCCGGCCAAGACCAUGAAACCGGCCACUCGUUGGUCCUCUCGUGUGGCUCAGACUGUUACCGUGGACGACCCGCCAAACGAGCAACCUACCAACUCAAGGCCUAAGCAUCCGGCUCUGCUAGCGCACCAAAACAUCCAGACGUCCGACCCUUCCAAACAAUCGGAAAUGGGACUCCCUGAAAUCAUUUCAAUUCCGGCUCCAUUGCAGCCACCAGGACCCACCAAUCUCCCGGUUCCUGAACCCAGCGGAACAGACAUCUUGCGGAGCAUCCAGGACCUUGGCAGGAGAUUCGAUCUCCUUGCAAUCAAUGAGCGGGUGGACGCAUUGGAUGCAAGGGUUGAUUCGGUGGAGGACAGGUUUGGAUGGAGGCUGAUGGUGCUGGAGAACCAGAUCACUGCCUCGGAUGCGUGUUGGCAGUCGGUCGCAUCGUCGAUGGAUAAUCUGUCAAUGUCCUUGCAAAUCCAUAAGGACGAUCUGGCCGCUCACCGUCCUGGCUCCUCCAACCGCACCAAAUAUGCGCUGCAAAAUGCCCCCGUGGAUGAACGCCUGGGAAUCUCGAUCGUCGGUAGGGAACGCAACCAUGGAUGCAAUUAG